AGCGACCCUUUGGCUCUUUGCAAAUGACAGUCACGGUAUUUGAGGAAACCGAAAAAAGCUGGCGACUCUUACUUUCUCGAGCCGCCUUCACCAUCCAUUUGUAAGCCUACGUCUUCCUACAAUGGCUUCUCUCGCACAAAUGCAGCCAAACAUACCUCAGGUCAUACAGCAAUGUCAGAAAGAAGCAGAAAUUCUGACGAACAGCAUUGCCAAUAUACGCCAAACGCUGGAAAGAACGGAUAUCUCGAUGGAAGAGCGAGAUCGGCUCCGCAAGCAAGAACAAGAAUUCCAGAACAAACUUACCAUGUGUCAAAAUAUUCUUCAGAGCAUCAAUAUGCGCUUAACUUCACAGAAUAUGCAGCAACGUGCCAUGCCGCCGCAACACGGAAUACCGCCGUCGUCUGUACCGAAUGUACUUGAUUCGGCAUCAGCAACAUCUUCAACACCCGGAUCGCCCGCUAACUUUGGAGUUCAACCUGUGAAUCCAAACCUCAUGCACAAUAUGGCACAGGCAACUCCGUCGCAGCAAUUACCCAUGGGUCAACCAUCACAGCAGCAGCAGCAGCAGCAGCAACAACAACAACAACAACAGCAACAGCAACAGCAGCAAACGGCACAAGCAGCACAAGCACAUCAACAACAACAACAACAACAACAACCGCCCGCCUCAUCACAGCCACAAACGCCCUUAACUUUGAAUAAAACCGCACAGCAGCAACAAGCACAAGCCCAACGAUCUCUCCUCACACCCAACGCUUCGACAAUGCAAACUCCUAAACAGACACCUACAGGUGCUUCGGCAAAAGGAAGCUACGGGUUUCCCAUUACACAACCUGCCGUCCAAAGACCCGCUCCUAUUAUUGACGCCGAUGGAACAACACGUGUAUUAGCUAAACGUAAAAUUCAGGAACUGGUUGGUCAAAUCGAUCCUGCAGAGCGACUGGAACCGGAUGUAGAGAAUAUCUUGUUGGAAAUUGCAGAUGAAUUCAUAGAAUCCGUGACCUCAUUUGCGUGUCGAUUAGCCAAGCAUCGUAAAUCUGAUACGCUGGAAGUGAAAGAUCUGCAAUUGCAUCUGGAACGCAAUUGGAAUAUCCGUAUACCAGGUUUUGCUUCCGACGAUAUCCGAUCCGUGAGAAAGCCAACUAUUCCUGUGAGUCAUCAAGCAAAGACGCAAGCCGUGAAUCUCGCCAAAAAUCAGGGGUCUUCAUCGCAAAUUAAGAAAGAUUCUUAAUUUGAAUGAAUUUUUUUUUAUGGAAAGUAAUUAUACACGAUCAAACGUUAAUCCAAUAAAACCCCAUCAUCAGCCAACAGAGUACAAGGGAAAUAGUAUCGGUAGUUUGCAUUAGAG